AUGGCAGACUACCCUCUCAGCAAUGGGAGCAGCACAGUGCCAGCUACAGUCGUGACAGGAACCAACACAUCUGCUGAAGGGCAUCCAUCUUCAAACAGAAACGGGUCUACAAUUCCCCUAUCAGAUUUACUCGACAACCGAACGGAAGAUACAACUGCCGUUGCUUCCACGACAAAUCAGGUACCCCAGGGCAGCGUCAACACCGUGCAAUUGUCACAGACCCGGCAACCUGAACUAGCUCACUCGUCCGAAGAACUCAAAUUGCAGCAGCAGCAACAGCAGUCUCAUUUGCAAAUCCAAUCGCAAGACCCAAACCAAUCCCAACUACAAGAGCCAAUAGACGAAGGAGAAGAAACAGUCGAUGAAGACACUGAGCCCAUUCGAAAUGGACACAACGACACUUUAGAAGACGAAGAAGAUGAGAAGGAUACUGAAGACGAUAGUCUAGAUAAUAUCAGUGACGACGAUGACAACACCUCUCACGGUGUCAACCAUAUAGCCAAGCUCUAUCGACAAGAACAUGGACCCACAACCGAUGGCGAAGUUAACCAAUUCAUCUGCAAAUGGCAAAACUGCCAGCAGCCCGAGCAACUGAACCUUGAAGAAAUGAUAUCACAUCUGAUAGACGGUCAUGUUGGACAGAGUUCCAACUAUGCCUGUGAAUGGGACCAAUGCACACAAAAAGGAUCUCCCCAAGAGUCAAAAUCCGUCCUCGUCCAUCAUUCACGACAGCACAUUCCACAGCUGCCAUUCUUCUGCUUCGUUCCUGAAUGCGAUCGAACCUUUUCACGAACUGCCACGCUCAUUAAACACGUUCGAGUCAUCCACGGAUACGACCCCAUAACCCGAGAAGUGGAACCCAACGAAAACUCACGACCCAAAGAAAAGGAGCCAAAAGAGCCUCUAGCGAAAGCCAAAGCACUAAACCCCGGUCUCCUAACACAGAUCAGAAAAAUCAGAGAAAAAGAGAGUCUCUACGACACUCGCGAGAACGACGAGCUCGACAACGACCUCACCCUACAGGACGAAUCCGACCCCGAAGCAACCAUCAACCAGCUCAAGCGACAACUCCUCUGGUCUCUAGAACUUCAAGAACAGCUAGAAUCCGAGCUCAAGACCGCCAAAAAACAAAAAAAUAUCGAAGUCCUCCGCAAAGAACGACUCUUCGACGAGCUCCUAGCGACCCAACUCGGUCCCGACGCCGCUGCCUCGCUGGCCAUCUCCUGA